CUUCCUUUUUUCUCACGCAUUCAAAUUCAAAUUCAAUUCAAUUCAAUUCAAUUCAAUUCCUCUCAAACCCUAAAUUCGAGUCGGCGGCGAUUCGAUUCCCCGGCCACAUUUCCCAUGGCGAAGAGAAAACGAACCCGGUCCAUCGGGUUCGGGUUCGGGUUCUGUUAUUGCGUUGCCAUGCUUUUGAUUCACUCGAGGGUUUCGUCCGCGGUGAGAUCCGACAAGGAAAUGAGGGAGAGGUUCUACGGGACUAUGGUGAACUCUUCCGCACCGGAAAGUAACGACGGCACCAUCGCCAAAAUGUUCGAUCGGGUUCUCGAGAAAGAGUUCUCCGAUAACGAUCAGCCCGAAGGAUCUGAUAAAAGCAGCUUUAACAGUAGUGUGGCUGAUCAACAAGCGGUACUGGAGACUGUAGCUAAGAUCACUCAUGAGAAGGGCAAUAAAAAUGAUACUCAGGAGACUAACGGCACAAAAUCUUAUCAGUUUCAAGGUGUUUUUUCCCUGGAGAAUGAAGACUCUGAGGAAACAACAACCUUGAUUGACAAAAAGGACAAUGUGUUCGUGAUGUCGAACAAGAAAUCCAAAUAUCCAGUACUUCAAGUAGAUUUGAGGUUAAUUUCUGAUUUGGUGGUUAUCAUAGUUUCUGCUGCCAUUGGGGGAAUUGUGUUUUCUUGUUUGGGGCAACCGGUGAUUGUGGGCUAUCUUCUUGCGGGGUCUCUCAUUGGACCAGGGGGUCUCAUGUUCAUCAGUGAAAUGGUACAGGUAGAAACUGUUGCACAAUUUGGUGUUGUAUUUCUUCUUUUUGCUCUAGGGUUGGAGUUUUCUUUGGCUAAGUUGAAAGUUGUGGGCCCUGUAGCUGUUCUUGGAGGGCUUCUUCAAAUCAUAACAUUUAUGUUCUUGUGUGGAAUAACUGCUGGGUUAUGUGGAGCAAAGUUGUCUGAGGGGAUUUUUGUUGGUUCCUUCCUGUCAAUGUCAUCAACAGCAGUGGUGGUGAAAUUUCUAGCAGAAAGGAAUAGUAAUAGUGCUCUUCAUGGUCAAGUUACAAUUGGGACGCUAAUUUUCCAGGAUUGUGCUGUUGGUUUACUGUUUGCUUUGCUCCCAGUUUUGGGUGGUCAUAGCGGUGUUUUCCAAGGGAUGGUAUCUGUGGGGAAGUUGGUGCUAGUCUUAUCAUUAUAUCUUGCCGCCUCAUCUGUAUUUUGUUGGUCGUUUGUUCCUCGCUUUCUUAAAUUGAUGAUGAAGUUGUCCUCUCAACAGACAAAUGAGCUUUAUCAGCUGGCUGUUGUGGCUUUCUGCUUGUUAUCUGCUUGGUGCAGUGAUAAGCUGGGCCUUAGCCUUGAGUUGGGUUCAUUUGUGGCUGGAAUUAUGAUAUCAACCACUGACUUUGCACAACAUACUUUAGAUCAGGUGGAGCCAAUUCGUAACCUAUUUGCAGCUCUCUUCCUUUCAAGUAUUGGAAUGCUCAUACAUGUACAUUUCCUGUGGAGCCACGUGGACAUACUUCUAGCAUCUGUGAUUCUAGUUAUAGUGGUAAAGACUGCUGUUGUUACUAUAGUUACUAAGGCCUUUGGAUACAGCUUUAAGACAUCAUUUAUGGUUGGAGUCUCGCUUGCUCAAAUUGGAGAAUUUGCUUUUGUCCUUUUAAGCCGGGCCUCAAAUCUUCAUCUAAUUGAGGGGAAGAUGUACCUGCUUCUUCUCGGAACAACAGCACUUAGCCUGGUCACAACUCCUCUCUUGUUUAAGCUGACUCCUGCCAUAAUGAAUUUGGGAGUUCUUAUGCACUGGUUUCCUCCUGAAGGCACCACACAUAAUGAGGAGAAAGUUGCGAUGAUUGAAGUACACACCAGAGUAUUGUGACCUCUUCCGCCUAUCAAGUCUCUGAUCGUUGCUAUACGAUUCAGCUGUAUGAUUUGUGAAUAUCAGGUCUCGAGCUCACUGCCAAUUCUGUUAUAAAGGUUGCAGGUGACUGAUGUCCGGAUAUUCAGUUAGCUUGGAGUUAUCAUUCUCGGAGUAUCUGUGUGCAUAGCUAUAUUUUUGACUCGUUUAGCAGCUUGUAAAUAUGAUUCCUAGGGCUCUUCUUCAAGUGUGAAUGCUAGUCUGUUUGGAGAAAGUUACGGCAUAUACUAGAGUUAAGAAAUUGUAUCCUGCGAAAGAUGAACUUCAGAAUCAAAUUUUGAUGGAUAAUUAAUACCAAACAUCGUUUACCCUGCAGCA